AUAAUAAAACCAUUAGUUUGUUGUUUCUGAAAAACGAAGAGAAUCAUGCGAUGGCGAUCGCAUGCCGGCAAUCGGAAACGAGUUAGGUAUGACAGGAGCAUCGGUCUGGUGGGUUUUUGUUGUAUCCUGCGGAUAUGUCUCUGGCAUUGGGGCAACAAUAUAUUGGUGGAAUGUUUCUCCCUCGCUGUUGGGCGAAGGGGUCCUCCAAAAUCUUUGGACACAAAACUAUUAUUCAAGACCACAUCGGCGCCGACUCCUUAUUUUGGAGACUUCAUAACAGAGGAACUUGCUCCUUAUUUUGGAGACGACGACAUGCUGAAAAAGGAGAGCGAUGACGACGAAGACUUUCCAAUUUUCGAGGAAGAAGCCAAUCCAAAGAGAUCCGACCAAAGAAAUCGCAGAGAGGAAUAUACCGACAUCGACCACGGCCGAAAGUUUAAUCCCUUUGCUUUCCCUCCCUUCGACGCCAAGAAGUAUAAUGAUGACGGUAGCCCCGCGCAACCAGAAGAUGGGAUUCUGGAUGAUGAAAUAUUGAGCGCAGAGCAAACGCUUGCAUUAAAACUCAUCACAGAGGGCCGCAACGUCUUUGUCACAGGAGUUGCGGGGACCGGAAAAUCACUUGUUCUGAGGAAGACACUUGAAUACGUCCAAGAAGUCUACGAACCGAAUGAAUACGUCGCGAUGGCACCCACGGGGUCGACUGCCAUUGCCCUAGAAGGACAAACUGUACACUCUUUUGCAGGUAUCGGAAUUCCAAAGAUUUAUAAGGACUUCAAAAGAAUGAAAACAAACAAGAAUAUCAGGAAAAGGUGGGAGGAGCUGCAAGUGUUGAUUCUAGACGAAGUGUCAAUGAUCUCAGGAGAAUUCUUCGACAGCUUGUCCAAAGUUGUGAGCGAUAUUCGAAACGACCCAAGGCCUUUUGGAGGGAUACAGUUGAUCGUUUGUGGAGAUUUUUUGCAGCUUCCGCCAAUUUCGCCUCGCCAAUGGGAGGUAGAUCAAACUGUGAAAGCGCUCCAAGAAAGAGAAGGACUAGAAACGCCCGAAGAAGCAAGGGAUUGGCUCUUCCUCAAUAGAGGAUUCUGUUUCCAGUCAGUUGCAUGGAAAGAAGCAAACUUUGAGUUGGUAGAAUUGAAUCAUGUCUUUCGACAGCGCAAUGAAGACUUUGUUCGUGCUUUGCAAGAUAUUCGAGUGGGAAACGUUACACCCGAGACCAUUCGUUAUUUGAGGGAAAAUUGCGAACGCCCACUGCCAGAAAAUGAUUUAGGAAUUCAACCAACAAUUUUGCACUCAAAAAAUAUCGACGUUGCACGAGAAAAUUUGGUAGAUUUGAACAAACUCUCGGGAGAUACUGUAAGCUACGAAGCAUCGGACGCCGUGGAACCAGAAAAGGGGGUUGGUCCAUGGGUCAAGAAAGACCUUGAGAACAAUUCAUUCUUCAGAUCGUGCCUUGCUGAGCGCAAACUCCAACUCAAAAUUGGUGCACAGGUCAUGCUGAUACGGAACUUGAGUCAAAACUCGGGACUCGUCAAUGGCUCACGAGGUACUAUCGUCGGUUUUCGAGAGGUGAAAAGCUCAUCAUCUUCAACGGGGCUGAACUUACUACCCGGAGUCACCAAAUACCCAGUGGUUCAAUUCAAAAACGGUUUGCAGCAAGUAAUUACACCCCAAAAAUUUCAGUCUCGAAUUCUUGGAAAGGGUAAGUGUAUUCGGACUGCUAUUCCCUUGAAAUUGGCCUGGGCUAUUACUGCACACAAGGCCCAAGGCCUGACGAUGGAUUAUGUCAUCGCCGAUGUGGGACAAGUUUUUGCCGAAGCGCAACUGUAUGUCGCAUUGAGCCGAGCAUCGGAUGCUACGGGUUUAGAAAUAAGAAAUUUCUCUCGGAAUCGUGUCAGAGCGAAUGCAUUGGCCCUACGAUUUCACGGAGAUCCGGAACAAAAGUAUCCUUUUUGGUGGGACUCGGAUGGUUCCAGACCAAUGAUAUUGAUGGAAUCGCCAUCAGAAUCGCUUCCGGAGAAAUCAAAAAAAGAAAGGCCUUCUGAAACAGCAGGGUUCGGAAUGAAAGCUCAGGUUCGUGGUGUGAAAAAAAAGACGGGAUCUAAUGCGCCCCGAAAAACUCCCGAAAGAGCAGAAUUCAUACCGAGGUCUCAUAGAACAGGUGUGGAUAAGACGGUGAUAUCAGCUACUUCUAGCAAAACUCCCGAAAAACUCCCGAAAGAGCAGAAUUCAUACCGAGGUCUCAUAGAACAGGUGUGGAUAAGACGGUGAUAUCAGCUACUUCUAGCAAAACUCCUGAAAUACCAUCACUCGUACCAACACCUCAGAGUCAAGUUGUCGAUAAGAAGAUCAGAUCAAGUAAUCUUCGAAAAGAACCCAAGAAAACUUCCGAGUCGCUGGGGAUGAAAAGAAUCAGCUCUCAAACGGAAAUGCCCAUCAGAUCGAAACCUAUAGAGAGUUGCGAGGCACAGCAGGAUAUGUCCGAGCAACUCCACGAGCCUACGCUGAAGAGUCGAAAAGUCGUAGAGCUCAAGCAAAUGCUGCGCGAACGUGGUUUGAAAGUGUCGGGAAGAAAAGCGGAACUGAUAGAGCGACUAGUCAAGGCAAACGGCAUCGGUGAGACCCAUGGUCAUGCUUUGGAGAAACGAAGAGUCUUUGAGCUCCAAUGCAUGCUCCGCGCACAGGGUUUGAAAGUAUGGGGGACUAAGGCGGAGCUCAUAGAGCGGCUAGUCACUUCAAAAUGUAUCGAGGACACAAAUUCGGGCUCUAACAUGAAUGGUAAAAUGGCUUCCUACUGGGGAUCAAGUAGAAAGACAAACACGCAGCCUUCCGAACCACUUCAUGAGCAUGCAUUGGCCGGACGAAAGGUCUUCGAGCUGAAAGGUAUGCUCCGUGAACUGGGCUUGAAAGUAACCGGGAGAAAAUCAGAACUCAUAGAUCGGCUCAUCGCAGAGAACCAAUAGAAAAUAAUAACAAUGAGAGGCAUGCUCCGUGAGCGGGGCUUGAAAGYAACGGGGACAAAAGCAGAACUAAUACAUAGAAUCGGCUCAUCGCAGAGAAUCAAUAGAAAAGCAUGCU